AUGGCUGUUGGCAUAUUAUUUUAUGCUAAUAAUGCAAAUGCUUGGGUUUUAGUGUACUCUUUUCCCAAUUGGCGUAAUUCUUUAUGCCAAUUGGAAAAGAUACGUCAAUUGUCGACCGUUGAGGAAGAUCGGAACAGGGUAUCAUCUGAAAAAACACAACACACUUCUUUAUCGCCAAGGGGUUGGAACUCUUAUGAUGCCUUUAUCUGGACUAUUUCAGAACAAGAGUUUUUGGAAAGUGCUGAAAUUGUUUCUAAGCGUCUAAAACCUCAUGGAUACGAGUACGUUGUGUUGGAUUAUCUCUGGUAUAGAUAGAAAGUCCCAGGUGCCAAUCUGGAUUCUCUUGGAUUUGAUAUGAUGGAUGAGUGGGGGAGGAUGGUUCCAGACCCAGAUAGAUGGCCUUCAUCCAAAGGUGGAAAAGGGUUCACUGAAGUAGCCAAGAAAGUACAUGAUAUGGGUCUAAAGUUUGGGAUUCAUAUCAUGAGAGGAUUAAGCACACAAGCAUAUAAUGCAAACACCCCAAUCUUGGAUGUUGACAAGGGAAGUGCUUUUGAGGAUCAAUCAGGCAAACAGUGGCGAGCAAAAGAUAUAGGAUUCCAGGACAAGACUUGUAAAUGGAUGCCACAUGGAUUUAUGAGCAUAAAUGCUACCUCGGAGGCUGGAAAAGCUUUCUUGAGAUCACUGUAUAAAGAUUACAUUGAGUGGGGUGUUGACUUUAUAAAACUUGACUGCGUAUUUGGUGAUGACUUUGAUAAAAAUGAGAUAGUCUAUGUUUCAAAACUUCUUAAGGGGGCGAAUCGCCCGCUUGUGUUUUCUUUGUCCCCUGGAGCCAAGGCUACACCUGCUAUGGCCAAAGAAAUAAGUCAACUAGUAAACAUGUACAGGAUAACUGGGGAUGAUUGGGAUACAUGGCCAGACCUUGCAGCCCAUUUUAAUAUUUCAAGGGAUUUCGCUGCUGCUAAAUUGAUUGGUAGAAAGGGCUUGCGUGGGAAAUCAUGGCCUGACUUGGAUAUGCUUCCACUGGGGUGGCUUUCUGAACCAGUUGCAAAUGACGGUCCGCACAGAGCUUCUAGACUUACUUUCGAUGAGCAAAAAACUCAGAUGACUUUGUGGGCUAUGGUCAAGUCUCCUCUCUUGUUUGGAGGAGAUGUAAGGAAACUUGAUGAUACUACAUAUAGUCUGAUUACAAAUCCUACUGUGCUGGAGAUAGACCAUUAUAGCUCAAACAAUAAGGAGUUUACUGAAAUUCUUGGACUACCAAUAAAAGAAACUACUAACAAUAAUAGUACCGGCGAUACUGCAAACAAUAAUGCGAGCGCACCAAAAGCAAAUCCUAUUUUUCAUCUCACCAGCUGCCAGGAUCCCAAAGCACAAGGUUGGACAACUGCAACUGAUCAGAAUCAAGGGAAAGUCUGCUGGAAAGAGAACUCAGGGAACAGCUCCGGUGAACCUAUAUGCCUAUAUCCGAGGAAUUUACCUCUUUCUGCUACGAAUAACGAGCAAAUCUCUGCACAACAUUAUCAGUUAUCAGUACUAAAUUCAUUAGCAAGUGAAGAAACUGAACACUGCUUGGAUGCUAGUCCAAAGCCUUAUCGUGCAUCAAAAUUAUCUGGAAAAAAUUCAAUAUCCAAGUGCAGAAAAGAUGCCCUCCAGAUGUGGGAGUUGAAUUCUAGUGGUGCUCUUGUAAACAAUUAUUCUGGUCAAUGUGCCACAGUGAAUUUAGUUCAAGCUCAAGGAGUUGCUGAAGGAAUUCGUUCUUGGAUUGCAACUGGAAGAAAAGGAGAAGUAUAUGUCGCAUUCUUCAAUCUAAAUUCUGAUAAGACGGCAAUAUCAGCGAAAAUAUCAGACUUGGCAAAGGCACUUCCAGGUAAAAACUUGAAAGCAGGUUCAUGCAAGUGCCAAGAAGUUUGGAGUGGAGAAGAUUUAGGAGUUUUGAAACAUUCAGUGUUGAUCGAAGUAGAGACGCACGGGACUGCCCUAUUUGUUCUUAAUUGUUGAUUUGUCCAAGGGAAUCAGAGCACUUCAGUUAUCUGCUGUCUCAAUUAUUUUGCACGCCUUAAGCGAAAACAACU